AUGCUUACGACUGAAGUUUGACUGUAACCUCCAUAUUCAUAUAUUAUCUAUUCAUAAAAAUGUAAUGUUUCGUGGACAUUAUUAUUAUAAAAGAUAUAAAAGAUUGGGUGUAUGUAGUGAUGUUGCAUUUGAAACAAAUAUCCUAAUAAAAAUCUGUAGAAAUGCAAUAAUUAUACCUGCUGUGGACUAUAGGUUUAUUCUCCAAGAUGGACAAACUUUCCGAGGCCAAGAGUCAAGACCUUGGCACUAAGAAAAGUCCAUUUGAUGACCUAAGCAGAGAUGAGCUAAUAACUAAAUGUAAAGGCCUUCUAGCCAUUGCACAGAAGGCGAAACAGGCUAAAUCAGAACUACAGGUUGAGGUUGAUAAAUAUAAAACUCUGCUCCAAGAAUGUGAAACUGAGAGAAAGAUUAAACUAGAUAAUGUUCAAAUGUUGCAAGAACUUGUUGAUUCUUUAACAGAACAAAAACUCACUUUCAUUACUGAAAUAGACACAGUUCAAAGUAAGGUGCGAGCACUCGGUAAUAAAUGCAAUUACUAUGAAGAAGAAAUCAAUAAAAUGAAAGCUGAGUUAAUUUUGAAAGAUCAAAACCUUUCAGCUGCAUCUCAAAAAUUAUCAGACCUUGAUAGUGAAGUGAUUUCUCUUAAGAGGCAAAAUAAUAGACUUCUGGAAGAAAACGAACAACUCAUAACACAACUUACUGAGCUUGAAGCUAGAACUGAAGAAUUUAACAAUAUUGGAUUGCAGCAAAGGGAACAGCUAAAAGUUUUAGAAGAAAAAGUUCAAUAUGAUGAAUCUUAUCAAACGAAAAUCGAAGAGUUUAAUAACAAAAUUAAAGUGUUGGAACAAUGUGCAAAAGAAUCAGCCAAAGAAAACAAAUCAGAAUUCAAAGAUUAUAAAAGUAAAAUAGAUGAACUUAAUAAGCUUUAUGAGCUCGAGAAAUCUAAGUUAGAUAAAGCUAAUAUUAAACUAAGAAGUUACAAAGACAAGAUACUGAAGUGUGCUAAUUGUAUAAACCAGUUAAAGAAUUCUAGGUAUAUUUUGACAAAAACAGUAAAAGAGUAUUCAGAAAAUAUUCCUAAAUGGCAAAAUGAAAUUAUCAAUGCAUCUAAGGCUUUUGACAAACAAAUGCAACAGUUGAGUGAUGAAAACAUUUCACUAAAAGAGAAGUUACAACAAAAAGAAAAAGAAUUAAAUGAUAUAACUCAAAGCCAAAUUGCUAUUUUGAAAAAUCAAAUAAAUGAAGUUGAACAUGCAAAUGAAGAGUUACAUUCUCAGGUGUCUGAACUAAAACGGAAACUUGAUGACACUCUUAUAUAUAAUGAUACACUAAAAACUGAAAUCACAGUUUUAAAAUCAAAAGAAUUGGAUAUACAGAUGCUCAAUGAUCAAAUACAGGAAAAUAAUUCAUUGAAAGAAAAACUGAGUCACUCAUUAUCUCAGCUAUCUUUAGUGACUCUAAAAGUCAAUGAACUUGAAACAACGGUGGAAAAUUUGGUAGAGGAUAAUUCAAAACUAAAUGAAAAGUUGAAAUCUAAAGACGAAACAGAUAAAACAAAAGAAAAUGUGAAUUUUCAUAUAAAGGCAUUAGAAUCAGAAAAAUCUAUAUUGGUAAAAGAAAAGUUAAAUGCCAAAGAUGCUGUGAUUGAGCUAGAAAAUCAAAAUAAAAUAAUAAAUGAUCAAUUCAAUAAACUCAAGAUAGAGUUACAAAUCAUAAAGGAACAAUUUGAAGCUUUGUCUUUGGAAAAUAUAAAAAUGAAAAAAGAUUUUAAAUUAGAAAAAGAAAACAGUAUAAAAGAUUUGAAAAAUGAAACAAUUUCUUUAAAAGAACAGUAUGAUAAAUUAAAGAAAGAAUAUCAAAAUUUGCAAGAUUUAAAUGGCUUACUGCAAGAAGAAGUUGAAACCCUAAAACUAUCCUUAGAACAGCCAAAAGAUGAUCCAGAGCAUUUGACAGAUUUAAAUGUCUCACUACAAGCAGAUAUUGUGAAGCUAGAGACAAAACUGUCUGCUUAUAAACAAGAAAAUGCUUCACUUUUAAUGGAAGUUAAAGAAUCUCGUAGUAAGGUUAAAGAAUUCGAUAACCUUGCUUCUGAAUAUGAAGAUGCGAAAUCAAAACUUGUGAGCUACAAAACAGAAAAUGCAGAGUUAUUAAAUGAAAUGAAAGAAAUCAACCAAGUUUUAAAAGAGCGAGGUGAGUCUAUAUCUAAACUACAGAAAGCUGUAUCUGAAAUGGAAAGACUAAUUGAGACUUUAGAAAAAGAUAGAGACAAUAUUAAAGCAGAAAAGGAUGAUCUUCUUAAAAAGGUGGAAACUUUAGAAAAUGACCUAAAGAAUGCUGAGCAAAAUACUUCUAAAAAUAGUCAAGCAAUAGAAAAAAUCGUUUUAGAAAAAGAUAUUGCACUAAAAAGUUUGCAGGAAAAAGAAAGCAUAAUUUCUGGACUAAAAGAAGAUUUGGACAAACUUAAACAACAAUCAUGCGCUUCAGUUGAGCUACCUAAUGAAGACAUGUCUACAUCAACAAUUUCUAGAGCAGAGGAAAAUACACGUAUGAAAGAUUUAGAUGAAACUUUUGAAGAUAAAUAUACUAAACUGAGAAUGUUUGCCUUAAAACUAAAAAAGAAGUUAAAUGAAACAACAGCACAAUUGCAAACAUCAGAUCAGGAGAAAACGAAACUAAAAAAGUUGCUAGCUGAUUGUAGCAUGGAUAAUAAACAAAAGCAUGUGAUAUGUCAAGAUGUAUUGGAUAGUCCUAAAAGCGUCGAAAACGAAGAACAUAAGUCUGAUGUAGCUGACUUGGAGGCUAAAUUUAAAAAAACAACAGCUGAUCUUGAAGUUUCUACUGCAAAAAUUGUGACUUUAGAAGCGGAUAUCCUAAUGAAGAAGCAACAGCUUGCUACUGAAGUAGAAUCACAUAAAAUUACUAAAGAACAGUUGGAAAAAGCGCUACGAGAUGUUAAAAAAAAGAAUGUUUUAAGUCUGGAAAUGGAGGAUUAUGAGAGAUCAAUGAAAGAUCUUACAACUAAAAUGGAAGAAAAUAAGAAAAAAAUUAUACAAAUGGAAUCAACGAUUGAUGUGCAAGAGGGAACGAUAACAGCUAUGAAAACUCAAAUAAAACUACUGGAAGAACAAAUAAAGACUGAAGAGACUCAAAACAGAUUGCUAAAAGAAGAAUUACAGCAAGCAAUGGAGGAUGGCAAAGAAAAAGACAGUGUAAUAAAUUCCAAGAAAGAUAUCAUCACAAAACUGAUGCAGGAACUUGAAGAUGAAAAGAGAAAAAAUGAAGAAGCAGACUUGGAAAUGACCUCAGUUCUCAGUGAAAAGGAGAAAAUCAUUAUGAGUUUCGGCGAUGAAAGGACAGAAUUGAAUAAUAGGGUAAAGAAAUUGGAAUUUAAAUGUGCGGAAUUAAAUGAGAAAUUACAAAUGACGAAUAUUGAACUUGCAGACUUGAAGACGGAGUACACUAGUUACAAAGUCAGAGCUCAGGCAGUGUUACGUCAAAAUCAGACCAUAGAUCAUAGCCAAGAAGAACAGUUAAAAGAGGAGGCUGCUGCUCUUAAGGCCCAAGUUGACACACUGACUCAAAAGCUUGCAACAGUGCAGGAGCAAAGUUCAGAGUUAAGUGUAGAAGUGGAGGCUGGUAGAAAGAGGCUAUCGGAAGCGAGUGCGGAGGCGGGCCGGGCGCACCAGCGCACUGCUCGCCUGCAAGCCGACUUGACGCGCCUGUCACAGCAACUCGAGUCUGAGAGAUCUCAGCAUAAACUACAGGUUUCAACAUUAACCCAAUGUUACAAGUCGCAAAUAAGUGACCUGGAAGCUAAAUUGCAAAAGGAGACAGAAAACUUGAAGAAGCAGAUUGCACUAUUACAAGAAAAUGUGAGGGCGGGCAGGUCGGACGAAGAGUCUAGCCGCGACAAGUACAUGCUCCCAGUCAUACCCAGGGAGGAAGGAAGCGAUGGCGAAAUGGACAUCAAUGUCUCUCUUAUACCCAGAGAGGAAGGAGAGGGUUCCGAAUCAGCACCUUCCCCGCCGCUUUCAAAAUCUAUAUUAACAAGUGGUGGUAGGAGGUCCCCAGUACCGUUGGAAAGACUUCUAGAAGAGGGAGUUCCAGAAAACGAUUCGCUGGACACAUCGUCACUCGGUCUCACUUCAGAUCAAGAGAUUGCAGAAUUGAGGAGAAAAAUUCUAGCUCAACAGCAGAGGGUGAAGCACGUAACAGUUCUGCUGGCGGAGUCAGAGCGCGAGGGCGCUCGGCUGGCGCAGUUGAGCGAGCUGCUGAAGGCGGAGCUGCGCCGCGUGCGCGCCUCCGCCGGCAACGCACACAACACUGAGUACAUGAAGAAUGUUACGCUUAAGUUUCUGACGCUGCCACCCGGAGACGAGCGCAGUCGGCUGGUGCCGGUGCUGCAGAAGAUUCUGACGCUCACCUCGGACGAGAUGCACAAGAUACAAGCUAUCGCCAAAGGCCAAGAUCCGAAUCCAAGUAAAGGUUGGGGAAGCUAUCUCCCGUGGCCAGGAGGAAAGUGAAAGUAUCGUACAACGAUUGCAUUAGUGAUUAGAAUAUGUUAAUGUCUUCAAAAUAAUCUGUGAUUCAAAUUAACUAUUCGUAAAUUAACGAAACCAAACCAAUUAUAUGGUAUUUUAAUGAGGCAUUUUGUAAUAAAAACAAGUGUUGAAAUUAAAAGGCUCGUUAUCUCAAUUAUUGUAUUUAUCGUAAUGAAAUCAGCAUGACAAGAUACUUAACAUUCAUAUUAUUUUUAAGGUUCCCUAUUAGUUAUUUCUUUAUUACAAUUUUACAUACUUCACAAACAUUCAUAAAAUAGCAAUACAACUAAUUCUACAUUAGGUGUACAAUGUAUGAGUGGGAUAUGGAUACCUAGUUUGUGUAACAUAAUGUAGUUCAAUAUCUUGUUCAUCACCGAGUACACCUUAACAGGGCUCUCUCCGUCACUUACUCCAUACAAUC